AACGCGGACUUGUUAACCAACGUCACCGUCUACCGCGCGAAACGCAUGUUUAAUGCCGCAUUCAUGUGCCAAUCGGAACUAGGAAACUCUGAAACGUCUGACUUGCAAACGGAUUGUAUUUAAACAGGUGACACGUUCAACGAAUCAGCAAAGUAUGACACUCGAACAACGCCCUCCCGGUGCGGCUCGACGUCAGGACACGUCCUUGUCGGGUCCCUCCUCUCUUUCCUGUGCUAUAGAAGUAGUUCAACACAAAGCCAUUUCAGUACAGUAGCGCUCUGAACUACCACAGAGCAGGAGUUUAACCCUGGGGUUUUAUCAGACAGAUUAUAGCCUGCAACCAUGACAAUAAUAAGAGAGAGAGACUGGUCUUUGUUGAUGACCUAUUCCAAAACAGGAGGACUAGGAGCUUUACUCACUGCUUUCAUGAAACAGAGAAGAAUGGGGCUGAAUGACUUCAUUCAGAGGUUGGCAACGAGUAACUCAUUCACCUGCAAACAUCCUGAUGUUCAGUCCAUCGUCAACUUGGCUCCCCAACAACAGGAGGCUGAGCUAAUGAAUGCAAACCCCUCUCCUCCUCCCAGUCCCUCCCAGCAGAUGAACCUGGGCCCGUCCUCCAACCCCACAGCCAAGCCCAGUGACUUCCACUUCCUGAAGGUGAUAGGGAAGGGCAGCUUCGGGAAGGUCCUCCUAGCCAGGCACCGAACAGACGACCAGUUCUACGCUGUUAAGGUGCUGCAGAAGAAGGCCAUCCUGAAGAAGAAAGAGGAGAAGCACAUCAUGUCAGAGAGGAACGUCCUGUUGAAGAACAUUAAACACCCCUUCCUAGUGGGACUACACUACUCCUUCCAGACCGCUGAUAAACUCUACUUUGUGCUGGACUACAUUAACGGAGGAGAGUUGUUCUACCAUCUCCAAAGGGAGAGACGUUUCUUAGAGCCCCGGGCCAGGUUCUAUACAGCGGAGAUCGCCAGUGCCCUGGGCUACCUCCACUCUCUAAACAUCGUGUACAGAGACCUGAAGCCUGAGAAUAUUCUACUGGACUCUCAAGGACACAUCAUACUCACGGACUUCGGCCUCUGCAAAGAGAACAUAGAACAGAACGGAACCACGUCAACGUUCUGUGGAACACCAGAGUACCUAGCUCCAGAGGUGUUACACAAGCAGCCGUAUGACAGGACGGUGGACUGGUGGUGUUUAGGAGCCGUGCUUUAUGAGAUGCUGUAUGGCCUGCCUCCGUUCUACAGUCGUAACACAGCAGAGAUGUACGACAACAUCCUGAACAAGCCCCUGCAGCUCAAACCCAACAUCUCUAACUCUGCCAAGCACAUACUGGAGGGACUGCUGCAGAAAGACCGCACACAACGACUGGGACACAGCCACGACUUCGAGGAGAUCAAGAACCACAUGUUCUUCUCCCCCAUCAACUGGGAUGACCUGACCGCUAAGAAGCUCACCCCCCCUUUCAAUCCAAACGUGACGGGCCCUAACGACCUUCGCCACUUUGACACAGAGUUCACAGACGAACCCGUCCCCUCAUCCAUUGGCUGUUCCCCUGACUCCUCCCUCAUCACUGCCAGCAUCAAGGAGGCAGCCGAGGCCUUCCUAGGGUUCAGCUACGCUCCUUCCAUGGACUCAUACCUGUAGGCCAGAACCCUAGAGAGCAUCCUAUAGACUCAUGAUAGACCAGGACCCUAGAGGGCAUCCUAUAGACUCAUGAUAGACCAGGACCCUAGAGGGCAUCCUAUAGACUCAUGAUAGACCAGGACCCUAGAGGGCAUCCUAUAGACUCAUGAUAGACCAGGACCCUAGAGGGCAUCCUAUAGACUCAUGAUAGACCAGGACCCUAGAGGGCAUCCUAUAGACUCAUGAUAGACCAGGACCCUAGAGGGCAUCCUAUAGGCUCAUGAUAGACCAGAAUGAUAGACUCCUAUAGACUCAUGAUAGACCAGAACCCUAGAGGGCAUCCUAUAGACUCAUGAUAGACCAGAACCAUAGACUCCUAUAGACUCAUGAUAGACCAGAACCAUAGACUCCUAUAGACUCAUUAUAGACCAGACCCAUAGACUCCUAUAGACUCAUGAUAGACCAGAACCAUAAACUCCUAUAGACUCAUGAUAGACCAGAACCAUAAACUCCUAUAGACUCAUGAUA